CCUAUAAGAUUGGCUACUACCGUGCCCUGGCCACAGACGGUGCCUGCUCCAAGUGUCCUCUCCACAGCUACUCUGUCAGAGAGGGAUCUACAUCCUGUGCCUGCGACAAAUCACCUCACUGUACCUUUCUCUCCCUCUUCUCUCUCCCAGGACCCCCGACAGCUCCGCUCCACCUCAUCUCCAACGUCAAUGAGACAUCGGUCAACUUGGAGUGGAGCGCUCCUCUCUCCUCUGGUGGACGCCAAGACCUCAGCUACAACGUGGUGUGUAAACGCUGUGGGCCCGAGGGGACACGGUGUCAGCCCUGUGGGAACGGAGUCCACUUCAGCCCCCAGCAGCUGAGCCUCAGGGCCACCAAGGUGUCUAUCAAUGACCUGCAGGCCCACACUAACUACACCUUUGAGAUUUGGGCUGUUAACGGGGUCUCCCAGCAGAGCCCUGGACCUGAGCAGGCCGUGUCGGUGACGGUCACUACCAACCAGGCCGCACCGUCUCCCGUCAACUCGAUCCAAGCCAAGGACAUCACCAGACACACCAUCUCCCUGGCCUGGCAGCAGCCUGAGAAAGCCAACGGGGUCAUCCUGGAGUACGAGGUCAAAUACUAUGAGAAGGACCAGAAUGAGAGGAGUUAUCGCAUUAUCAAGACGUCGUCCAGGAACACCGACAUCAAGGGCCUGACCCCUCUGACCUCCUAUGUGUUCCAUGUGCGCGCUCGCACCGCCGCCGGCUACGGAGAGUUCAGCGCUCCUUUCCAGUUCAUGACCAACUCUGUUCCAGCUCCUAUCAUCGGAGAUGGGACUAACUCCACAGUGUUGCUGGUGUCUGUGGUGGGCAGUGUUGUUCUCCUCCUCAUACUCAUCAGUGCCUUCGUCAUCAGCAGGAGAAGGAGUAAGUACAGUAAGGCCAAGCAGGAUGCUGAUGAAGAGAAACACCUACACCAAGGAGUGAGGAUAUACGUAGACCCCUUCACCUACGAGGACCCCAACCAGGCUGUCCGAGAGUUUGCCAAGGAGAUCGACGCUUCCUGUAUCAAGAUUGAGAAAGUCAUUGGCAUCGGUGAGUUUGGGGAGGUGUGCAGCGGUCGUCUGAAAAUGCCAGGGAAGAGGGAGAUUUGUGUGGCCAUUAAAACCCUGAAGGCGGGAUACACCGACAAGCAGAGGCGGGACUUCCUGUCUGAGGCCAGCAUCAUGGGCCAAUUCGACCAUCCAAACAUCAUUCACCUGGAGGGAGUGGUCACCAAGUGUAAACCAGUGAUGAUUAUCACAGAGUACAUGGAGAACGGCUCGCUGGAUGCAUUUCUGAGGAAGAAUGACGGGCGUUUCACAGUGAUCCAGCUGGUGGGCAUCUUGCGUGGCAUCGCGUCGGGCAUGAAGUACCUGUCUGACAUGAGCUACGUCCACAGAGACCUGGCUGCACGCAACAUCCUGGUCAACAGCAACCUGGUGUGUAAGGUGUCUGACUUCGGCAUGUCACGAGUCCUGGAGGACGACCCCGAGCCUGCUUACACCACCAGGGGAGGGAAGAUCCCCAUUCGCUGGACAGCCCCAGAGGCCAUCGCCUACAGAAAGUUCACCUCGGCCAGCGACGUGUGGAGCUACGGCAUUGUCAUGUGGGAAGUGAUGUCAUACGGAGAGCGGCCAUAUUGGGACAUGAGUAACCAGGAUGUGAUCAAGGCCAUAGAUGAGGGGUACAGGCUGCCCCCACCUAUGGACUGCCCCGUGGCAUUGCACCAGCUGAUGCUGGACUGCUGGCAGAGGGAGAGGGGCGAUAGGCCCAAGUUUGGCCAGAUCGUCAACAUGCUGGACAAACUGAUCCGGAACCCCAACAGCCUGAAGAGGACUGGAGGAGAGACUACACGACCCAGCACCACCCUCCUGGAGCCGGUCAGCCCGGAGGUGGCCUCGGCCCUGGGCUCUGUGGAGGACUGGCUGCAGGCCAUCGGCAUGGAGAGAUACAGCGACAACUUCACCGCAGCAGGAUACACCACCCCAGAGGCUGUGGUUCAUAUGACACAGGAGGACAUGGGCCGAAUUGGAAUCUCUUCAGCUGCACACCAGAAUAAGAUCCUGACCAGCGUCCAGGGAAUGCUCUCCCAAAUGCAACAGAUACAAGGCAGAAUGGUUCCGGUCUGAUCCACAAGAAGGAAACGACUUCAUUUCUUACGAUAAUAAAAAAUGAAAUAUCAAAAGACAAAUGAACGAUAAAAUUGUUUACCUCAUCCAUGCACUUUAAAUUGGAUUUAAAAGAAGAAGAAGAAAAGUGGGAAAAAAUGGCACUUUUUGUCAGACGUUAGACCUUAUUGAGAAUGGGAUAUUUUUCUGUCUGAGCGGCGCUGGGAAUAGGACGGAAGGAAAGCUUUUCUGAGAGGCCAACUGGAGUGCCUUCACCGGUCUGGAAGGAAUUCAGAGGGGAUCGCUCCUCUGGGCAGAAGUCAUGUUUCUGGAACGUUCUUUCUGGAAUACCUCCAGAGCAGUAAUUGUGUUAAGUUGUGUAUGUAUGAAUUGUUCUCUGUGACUCGCUGCCAUACCCUCCAUUGUCUUUCUCAGCUGGAUCCGUUCUAACAACAAAAUGGAGGAUUCCAACCUCGAGAUAAACACUGAUGUUCUGAAUCUGAGAGGUUAAGGGAGGGAUUCAGGAGGGAGGGGAAGUGGGAUCUGUGUUUUUGCUCUGUUCUGGUCUUGUUUUUUCCCAGAUUGGGCUGUUUUGUUGCCCUCAGGUCAUUGAGCAUUUUCUCAGAAUGUCUUUGAUCUAAAGAGGUGCAUUGCUACCCCUUGUCCUCCCAAACCAACAACUCACCCCUCCUAAAACAUUUUAUUUGGAUCAUCUUUCAUCAGCCCCUCUGGAUUACAGCCCGCCCCCCUGGGUCUGAUUAUUGCUUUUUGUUCUUUGACAGACAGCUGUUUGGACCAGUUGGAUUCUUACUGUGUAUUUGUUUCCUGAACGUAAAAAUGAGAGCAAAGGAGUAUGGGAUUUAUUUGAGCACAACUGUGCACAACUGCGGAGAGAUGGAUAUGUAACAAAACAACAAUGACAACGACAUCAAAAUAAACAAGAGAAUAGAUGCUGGACAUUAUUCAAUCAUCAAUCACCACGCUGCCCCGUCUAUCAUCAACAGGAUUCCUCCCUCUCUCCCCAUGACCAGAAUUCCUCCUCUUCUCCUUGGAGUCUCCUCCAACUCCAAGAUGAGAAAUUCAUCUCUCCAUGUCUGGCACAUCUCGUUGUUCGCCGUCGCUACGUUUAUCAGAACGGACAAACAGACUAGCGCUCCAUGACCACCACCAACAGCUUACAGAAACGAUAGGAAUGAUUCAGCAACACUUAAAAAACAUACAAAUAAUGUAAUAUAAACUAGAUCCGCCUCCAGCAGACGAUGUAGUUGUUUUAUGAAUUUUGAAGUUGACUCUCCUUUGUGUUUUUGGGUAGCAUGUAAAGUGAGUGUAUGGUAACAGCGAUCAUGUGGUAGUGUGAUGAGCGUGCACCAUGUGUGUGUGUGUGUGUGUGUGUGUGUGUGUGUGUGUGUGUGUGUGUGUGUGUGUGUGUGUGUGUGUGUGUGUGUGUGUGUGUGUGUGUGUGUGUGUCUGUGUGUCUGUAUGACUGUCUAUGAUGUCUUCAAAGUACUAUUGAUAGUUGUCUGUUUUUAUGCAAGAUUUGUUUUUGAAAUGUCAUUAAUUGCUUGGUAACUACAAAAACAAUGUAAAGUGUGCCACUCCUUGUGCUUUGUCAAUCCUCUUCAGCAACAGCAGUUAAAGAGGUUUGCGGUUUUCAACACACCCUGAACUGCAUUGGCUUUAGUAGUGGGAUCCAGUUGGAUAUAUGGACAAUGGCCUCCUAUACUGACAGAAACACAGAAGGACAGACGGACAGUCAGCGGCAUAGGCUCUCAUUGGAAAGUAGAGUGGACUCUCCGAGCUGAAGCAAAGACACUGCGGAACCAUCUUUCUGGAUUUUGAGCAGGGGAUGUUUUAAAAAGACGCACCUACAGUAUAUAAUCAACAAGGACUUGAUGCUGGGAAGGGUGAUAAGAAGGGAUAAUCAUUGGUCUCGUUUCAUUUUUAUUUUUUCAGAUAUGCACCAAAUGACAGUCAGGUUUCAUUCAAUGGACUUCUUUUUUAUAUACAGCUGUUAAUAUCUGAAUGUUUUUCUGAUCAAAUGUGAUGGUUGACAUACUACAGAUUCCUCCGUCCUCCUUACCAGCCCAGCUCAAUGCUCCUCCAUACCAGCCCAGCUCAAUGCUCCUCCAUACCAGCCCAGCUCAAUGCUCCUCCAUACCAGCCCAGCUCAAUGCUCCUCCAUACCAGUCCAGCUCAAUGCUCCUCCAUACCAGUCCAGCUCAAUGCUUCCCAUACCAGCCCAGCUCAAUGCUCCUCCAUACCAGCCCAGCUCAAUGCUCCUCCAUACCAGCCUAGCUCAAUGCUCCUCCAUACCAGUCCAGCUCAAUGCUCCUCCAUACCAGCCCAGCUCAAUGCUCCUCCAUACCAGUCCAGCUCAAUGCUCCUCCAUACCAGCCCAGCUCAAUGCUCCUCCAUACCAGCCCAG